UGAAAAUUUUUUGUGAAAGCAAAGAUAAUAAAGCCCUUGAUUUGCUUGGGAGUCUCUGUGGUCCCUGAGGAGUGCUGUCAGACAGUAAGAAACAUCUCUCUGCCUGAGAAGACACCUCUAAGUUACCAGCUAUUAUGCUGUAGUGGGUGGCCAGUUGGUGUCCUGGGUGGCCAACUGGUGGCCCAAGGAGAAAACAAGGCAGUUCUAACUGGCCACUGGAAACACUACCAUGUGCUGGGUGGAACCAGCCUAGGGCUGUCUCUGAGCUUAAGCUAAUGAGCAGCUUUAUGGGAACAAGAUGCUUGGAAACUUGGCUGGCUCUCUGAGGAGCUGCCUCCUGCUGUGCUGGGGCUAUCACCCAUUCACAGGAAACCAACCUGUUUGCGGAGAGGAGCAGACCAGCUGCAUUUGUGUGCGCUGUGUCUGAGAAGCUAACUCUGAGACCCAUCUGCCGUCCCACCCUCGUGGCCUCUCCCCAGUUACUGUGUCCUUUACCUCACCCUUCUUGACAGCCCCUUCCAUAUGUCUCAUACCUGCUGCCUUUAAAUCUCCUUGCAGUAUUCCCUGAAGGAUGCCCCGUAGCACCUGUUGAUAUCGAGGAUAUCCUUCCCUCUUAUUUUUCUGUUGAAGAACUGACAAUUGGUAAUAGGGAUCCAGCCUCCAAAUAACCAGGGGGGAAAAUUAGUUUCAAGCCUCAGCUGUUACCACUCCUGGGUUAUCUGUGAUGCAGUACAGUUAAUGCUACUUGCUCUGCAUAAAUAUUAGUUGGAACAGGACAAGAAUCCAGGUGUCAUCUCUCCCAGAUAUUUAGGAGGUCAUCCCGUGAGAUGGGAAGAGAAGGGGAGCAGCUGUUAGCCUUGCCAGGGCCGUGUCCCUGCAGCAGCUGUGGUGGAGUCCUCCUUGUGCCACCAGUAGGGUCAGGAGCAGGCUGACCUCAGCAGCGGGAGAACGUGAGUCAGGUUCACCUUGCCCUUAAUCCAUGUGAAGACCUGUUGGAAACACCUUCCAGAAACAAAACAGUUUUCAGUCUUCUAAUCCAAUUCUGUCGUGUCCAAGAAGAGCCUGUCCAAAUGAGCAAGACAUCCCAACAGAACACCGCUACAGAUGCGAACGGAGUAAGCGUGAUUCACACCCAGGCACACACCAGUGGUUUGCAGCAGGUUCCCCAGCUGGUACCCGUUAGUCCUGGUGGCGGAGGCAAAGCUGUGCCUCCGAGCAAACAGGGAAAGAAAAAUUCCUUUGUGGAUAGAAACAGUGAUGAGUAUCGUCAGCGCAGAGAGCGAAACAACAUGGCAGUGAAAAAGAGCCGGUUAAAAAGCAAGCAGAAAGCACAAGACACACUGCAAAGGGUCAACCAGCUCAAAGAAGAAAAUGAACGUUUAGAGGCAAAAAUUAAGCUCCUGACCAAGGAGCUGAGCGUACUGAAAGACUUGUUCCUCGAGCACGCGCACAAUCUUGCAGACAAUGUGCAACCUGUUGGCACUGAAACCACCACAACAAAUCCAGAAAACAAUGGACAGUAGACACUGUUGCAGCCUUAUGAAAUGAACUCUCGAGGUGCAGCUUGUCUGCAACGCCCAUGCAGUAACCAAGCAAAAACUCUGUUCUUUUAACCAUCAUUUUGUGGAAUUUUCUUGUUUUUAGGUUUAACACUGAAGAUUUGAUACAAUUAAACCAGAAACUGCUUAGGGUAUUUGUUUUAAAUAUUUUUUUCCUCUAAAAGAUUUAUCUAAUAAAUGCAGAUCUAAAUUCAUAGUCAACAAGGAACUUAGUAUUAGGGAAAUAGCAUUUUCACAGAAAUGUUCACUUACUUUCUUAUAGUUUGCAUAAUGGGAGGAAUCCAGCAAGAUGGUUCACUGUAGUAUCAGAAACUCAUCAUUGGAUAAAAUGUCUUUUAAAUACCUUUUAGUGUAUUUAAGCCCAUUGUUUUCUCCAUUACAUGUUACAAAACUGCAAAGGCCAUGGAGGGUGUGUGCUUUCCUGUUUGAUGGAUUACUUUAAAUCUGUAGAGCAAGUCCUAUAAAGCCCCACUUACUUAGGUCUUUCCUAUCCAGUUAUAGUUAAUGGGGAGGGUGUAGUAAUAGCGAGCUGGGAUGCUUACUGAUGUUUUCUAGAAAAAUAGCAAUAUACUAUCAUGAUAUAUACAGGCAGUUGGCUUCCAAAUGGCAAAUGAGUCUGAAGCAUCAUGUACGAGAGGUAAAGCAGCACACUGACAAAGCCUUUUAAGCCUGUGUUCAUGUUGCUCACAUAGUGACUGGGGCCUUAUGAGAACAUGAUUUUGGUUUUCAGAAAAUGUCAAAAUGCUACCAAAAAACUGCUCUGCAAAACUGCAUUCUUGCUGGGGUGCAGGCAUCAGGGAGAACAAAAUGUGCAGCUUGGCUAAGCAAUGAAAGGGGUAAGACAGCAUCUGUUCAGCCACAAUGUAUGGAUCACUGCUCGUUGACAUUCAUCUCCAUUUUCAUGGCUGUUCAGAUUUGCAACCAAGAUCUUGCAGAAAUUCACAGUGAUGUUAAAAAUGGCCCUAGUUUGAAAAACUGAUUCAGUGGAAUUUCUAUAGCCAUCAUAUAGUUGUGUUAAGGAGUAUCUUCAGUCUUGUUUUAUUUUCAUAAAAGUUUUUCUAUAGCAACUUUUUUAAUGCUAGUGCUAAGUCUUUGCCAUGAUCCAUAAUGCAGUGGUAUGUACUAUAUUGAGGAUUUAAACAAUAAAAUUAAAGCAGGAACUUUGAUGUAACCUUAAUUUAUUUUCAUUUUUAAGUAUUUCAUUGACGGUAUGGUUGUGUUACAUUUAACCUGUGUGUCUGGCUAGUGGAUUAUUACACUGUCUUAAUUUCCCUCCUACACUACCUUUUCCGUAGAUUAUUUUGUAGGAUGCUUGUUUGCCUUGUAUCUGUACUUAGGAAGAGAACUUGGAUAUUAUUUCUAUGAAGAUGCUGUUAGAAAAUGAAACCUUGAAAAGUUGUUUUUUAAUUUAAACUUCUAAUACAUGCGGAAAACGUUUAUGGAUUGUUUUGGAUUAUGGUAGUCUUUUUACAAAGAUAUGUUUUUUGGUUCUAGCUGCAGCUUAAGUAGGUAGGGUUGAAGUAUGAGAAGCUAAUAAAAACCUUUUGCUUCUA